AUGGCAUCCGAGUCAGACAUAGUGACCACCGCAAAGACGGCCUGUGAACUUUUAGACUCUGCUUUUCCCGGGCGCGUGACAGUUCCAUCCCAUACUCGAUACCAGUCUCAGAAAUGCCAACCAUGGUGUCAGAAUUGCUGGCUUCCUGCAGCUUGUUUUGUCCGACCCCAGAACAGCAAAGACGUUGCUGAAGUCAUAAAAAUUGUGAAGAAAGCUGAUGCUAAAUUUGCGAUCCGUUCCGGUGGCCAUAAUUUCAAUCCUGGCUUCAGCAGCAUAGAUAAUGGGGUCUUGAUCGAUUUGCGGGAUCUUAACACUCUAGAAAUAGACAGUGAUGGGAUCUUGAAGGCUGGUGCUGGAAAUACAUGGGGUAAUGUAUAUACCUUUUUGGAGGAAAAGGGACUUUCGGCGAUAGGUGGGCGCCAGAGUGACGUUGGAAUAUCAGGUUAUCUUCUUGGGGGCGGUAUGCCAGCUUUUCCCAAUCUCCAUGGGUUGGCGGCCGAUAGUGUAAAAAACUUCGAGGUCGUGCUGGCUGAUUCGACCGUUAUCAAUGCUAAUGCUUAUGAGAAUAUGGAUCUGUUUCGGGCUUUGAAGGGUGGUGGUUCCAACUUCGGUAUCGUGACAAGAUUCGAUAUACAGACAUAUCCUGCUAUACAACUCCAAUACAACGUCCUCAUGUACCACCCCUCGGGGUUCGAAGAGGUCCUCCAUGCCACUGUUGAGGCCCAAGAAGUAAUGGAAACAGAUCCGAAGCUAGGCAUGUUUGCCAGUGUCAAUCCAACAUUCAUUGCAAUUGGAAUUUAUUUUGCCGACGUGAUGACAGAACAGCCAAAGGCGAUUGAGACCUUCCUGAACUUAAAAAGUCUCAUGCAAACCCUGGUGCCAACGACCAAAGGUACUAUUAAGUCCUUGGUCGAAGCUAUCGGGAUUUUAGGACCCUCUACCAGGAGACUUACGGCAACAACUACUACAAAAGUCUCCUAUGACUUCUAUGUACAGGUCCAUAAUCUUUGGUUGGAUUCUGCAAGAAGAUAUACAAAUAUUAGCAAUCUAUGGUAUAAUAUCCAACCUACAUCUAUAACCGCCGUACAGAUUGGGGAAAACCAAGGUGGUAAUUCUUUAGGACUCCAGAAAGUUCCUCAGACAUGGUGGUCGCUGGUCGCUGAAUGGUCUGAGGAGUCUGACGAUACGGCAGUAUCCCAUGAGCUAGAAGAAUUUACUGAGGACGUCUCAAAGCUCGCUAAAGAACAAGGCCUAUAUCUCAACUUCAAGUUCAUGAAUGAUGCUGAGUUUUCGCAAAGGGUACUCAGUAGCUAUGGCAUGGAAAAUAUGAAGCGAUUGCAGGAAGCUUCCGCUAAGUACGAUCCUGAACAGCUGUUUCAGCGAUUACAGAAUGGAGGUUUCCUUCUAAGAAAUCCUUAA